AUGAACAAUUACACAAAUAGACGGCCCCCAGUCCCCGGCGGCCCCGCUAUUCCUGGCUACGGUGGCGACCAUGGUAACGGCGGGGCAGGGGGUGCUAAGAAUCUCCGGUGGAGGUUCGGUUGCCACCUACGACGACUCGACCUGGCAACAUUUAACGCACGCACCCUGAGGACUGACGAGAAGAUCCUGGAGCAGGAAGAAGAGAUAGACAAGUUGCGCUGGAAUAUUAUAGGAUUAUCCGAGGUCCGAAGAGAGGGGGAGGACACGGUGAUUCUCGAAUCUGGCAACUUGUUCUAUCACCGGGAGGGCGACCAUCUGUCCCAAGGAGGUGUCGAAUUUAUCGUCCACAAGUCUCUCGUCAAAAACGUUGUUAAGAUUGGGAGUGUGUCGACGAGGGUCGCGUACCUGAUACUUAGAAUCACCAAACGGUAUUCGCUGAAGAUCAUACAGGUCUACGCACCAACCUCGGCACAUCCCGAUGAGGAGGUGGAGGAAAUAAAUGUGGAUAUUUCUAGAGCCAUGCAUUCCUCCAAAACCCACUACACGGUGUUGACUUCAACGCAAAACUAG